CAGGGACCCCUUGGUUAUUACUGUGUUCUCGGUCUUUUUAUUUUGGAUGCGAAGAUCAAAGAGGUAUGGACUACAACGACCUUGGCUGACCACCUGGGGUAAUCCCCACACAGUUCGGGGGAUCAUGUACAAGUCUCCCCCUGCUCACCUCCAACUCGUAGCUUGUGACUCCAAAUUCACCUCCGGAUUCCCUCUCUUCGUCUCUCUCUCUCUCCCCUUAAAUUCAUGAUAAGGGGAGUCCAUGAUUAUUAUCUGUAAUCUUUCUCGAUACGUUACGAGUCUGUUCUGUUCGAACAUCAUAUACCAUCUUACCCGUUGCUUCUUCUUAUAAUCAAGAUUUUUUUUUUUCACGUUUCGUAUGGGGGACAUGAUAGCAUCACGUGAAGAACAAGAUCAAAUUUGCCGGGUUAGCCCUUCGGCUGAUGACGACACACGUCAAGCCCGUACGAGUAUACCCGCAAAGGACCGCUUAGCUGCUCCGCCGCGAGCCAAGCGGGCACAGGUGGCCCGCGCCUGUCAAAGAUGCAGGAGAUUACAAAAGGCCUGCAGCGAUUCUCGGCCGUGUCGAAGAUGUACCAAGGCCGGGCUCGCUGACGAGUGCAGCGGCCUUCCCGUCCAGCCCCGAGUUCUCACCCGGGCCCGGCCGGUGAAGCCGCUGAGACUCCCCGAGAUGCCGACGGGAGGGGAUGCGAAGCCGCUGGAUUUUGCUACGUCUUCGCCGCUCAUAAACAUUAGCUUGCCUAUAAGCCCACAGGCGUUUACUAGCUUCGCGAGGCAGUCGUUUGAAAGGAAAGUAGAUCUGCUACCGCCUCGGGUGGUCGAUUACUGCUCCAAACGUUUCUUCGAACGCCUCGCCCCGACUAUCCCGAUCGUGACGCCCGAGUACGUCACCAAUCUUAGAACCCGGCUCGCCUCGGAUAGCGAGGCCUACUGCGUUCAUCUCGGCUUGUGCGCCAUGGUGACGCUGCAGGUCGAGGAACCUGGUGGUAAGUUCUUUGGACAGUCUAUCGCGGCCGAGAACAACGCAGCGUACGGGUGGAUGCUGCUGGAAGAGACCCUAGCAGCUCACCGCCAUAUCACACGCAGAUCGAACCCGUCUCUAGACUCGGUUCUGCUAGUCUUUUUUAUAUACGCCUGUCAUGCGUGCCUAUUCCACCAUUCUCAGGCCUUCUUUUUCCUCCGCGAAGCUGCUACUCUCUUUAUCCUAAUCAAGCCGGAGACGCUGGAUGAUACUUCGAGGUUAUUGGCCGAGAGAUUAUUCUGGGUAUUGCUCAUAUCGGAGAGAUCUCAUGCGAUCCGUUACCGCCGCCCUUCCACUCUACAAGUAACUACGAACGGCUUCGGCUUAUCGUUCUCCAGGGACCGUAACGUCUCGCUAUCCGGUUUCCGGUGCCUAGCGGCCCUCUUCCGUGCGCUGGAUAGCAAUUUUAUAACUCUUCUCAAUCAAGAAUCGGCUCCGGGCGCGGUGCCUGUUAAUUCGUUCGACGAGCUCGAGCUGGCCAUUAACACGGCGCUGAAUCAUACCUGCCCGUCCGACCUUCUCCCGACUCAAAAGGCCAAUCUCAGAGUGACGCAGCUCUGGCUACGAAUAGUUCUUUGGCAGCUUCGAUUGCGCCUAGGCCACCUCUCGGAGCAGAACAUGAAGAGCAGCCGCACCUAUCACUAUCCAUUAGAUGUGGCGAAGGACCUGGCGCUUUCAACUCGGGACUUACCCGUACAGAGCAUCCAGGUACAUGGCGUAGGAAUAACGGAAAAACUAUUUGAUAUAUCAUGCGCCGUCGUUAACGUUCUCGCCCGAGUACCUGUACAGAUGGCGCGGACGGCAGCUGAAGAGGACUUGAAGUACGUAAGACGGUUAAUUCUACAGCUUCCCGGUGGCUCGACGGUCUACGAUGCUCUACUUUUAAAACACAUCCAACAGACCUUGCCUACAAUGGCAGCCGGGCUCGAAAUAUAAUGGCAUUUACCAAACCCGUUCCAUAUCGACCAGUAGACGUGGUGGUGCAUGAAAUCUAGAAGUUUCGUCGUUCGUAUCACACCGAGGUUCAAAAGCAUCAUAAAAUCUCUCGUGAUAAAUCAAAUAUAAUGCGAUGAGUAUUCAUCCAAUCAGACAUCUUAACGGGAGUUAAGCUUGGUCUAACCCCUUUUCCGCCUUUCCAUCUCUCGACACUCUUUCAAUCGCGUCGCCAACCCGCUGCGAGAACGGAUCUAUCUUCGUCCGAGAAAAGUGACGCGCCGGAACCUUAUGUUCGAAGAGCAGAUUUAAGUCGGCAUAUGUUCGUCCUAAAAUGUAAAGAACAUGUAAGCUUUGGCCGCGUCCGGAUAAUGAAAACAUUUAUGACGUGACGAUUCAUGAAUCAUCUUACCUUUUGG